UAGCUUUAGCUGUGGUUAACUCCUCCACUACUAGUGUUCACAAGACACGGCUCAAUAUGCUCAAUAUGGACUUAUUCAACAAAAGUUUCAUGGACAAGUUAGCAAAAGAAUGAGAUCCCUCGGGAAGAUGUUUCCACACUCAGGAAAAUCCAUCGUCUUUGACAACUUUCCAGAUCCGACUGACACCUGGGAGAUCAUUGAGACUAUUGGUAAAGGGACUUAUGGGAAAGUUUAUAAAGUCUUUAACAAGAUCAAUGGCAGUAAAGCUGCUGUCAAAAUCCUGGAUCCAAUCCAUGAUACUGACGAGGAGAUUGAAGCUGAGUACAACAUCCUGAAAGCUCUCUCAGACCAUCCCAAUGUUGUCAAGUUCUUUGGAAUGUUCUUCAAGAAUGAUUUGAAGAAUGGGGACCAACUUUGGCUUGUGCUGGAGCUCUGCAAUGGAGGGUCUGUCACAGAUCUGGCUAAAGGUAUGCUGAAGAGAGGAGACCGUUUGGAGGAUUCCAUCAUAGCCUACAUCCUACAUGAAGCUCUCAUGGGUCUCCAGCAUUUACACAUCAAUAAGACCAUCCAUCGAGAUGUCAAAGGCAACAACAUCCUGCUCACCACUGAAGGAGGGAUCAAGCUGGUUGACUUUGGGGUUUCAGCCCAGCUGACGAACACACGGCUGAGGAGGAACACUUCUGUUGGGACACCCUUCUGGAUGGCCCCUGAGGUAAUCGCGUGUGAACAACAACUCGACUCCACAUAUGACGAGCGUUGUGAUGUCUGGUCUCUGGGUAUAACAGCUAUAGAGCUGGGUGAUGGAGACCCGCCCCUCGCUGACCUUCACCCAAUGAGAGCUCUCUUCAAAAUUCCAAGAAACCCUCCGCCUACUCUACACCAACCAGAGCUCUGGACAAACGAAUUUAACGAUUUUAUAUGCAAGUGUCUAAUAAAGGAUUUUGAGUUCAGGCCCAAUGUGUUUGACCUUCUUCAGCAUGUCUUCAUCAAAAAGAUUUUGGGGCGAGAGAAGACGCUGCAGAAGCAGCUUAUGGAAUUGAUCGACCUCAACCAGCAAAUAGGCGUUAUCGAGAAAACAAGCCAUCAUGGAAAGACUGAAAGGGGAGACAGUAAUUCCAGGCAUGAACGUAUCCACACCAAAAAAGGCAGCUACAUGACGUCCGAAAGUCAAGCGUGUGACGUCGUGGAGGAUCUGGCAAUCCUCGAGGUUCUAGAUGAAAACACAGUAACCGAACAGCUACAGAGACGUUAUGCAAUGGAACAGAUCUACACGUACGUCGGAGACAUCCUUAUUGGGGUGAAUCCCUUCCACGAAACAGAGCUGUACACCCCUGAGCAUUCCAAGAUUUACAUUGGAGCCAAGAGAACAUCAAACCCUCCACACAUAUAUGCAGUGGCAGACAUCGCAUACCAGUCCAUGGUGUCCUAUAACGCUGAUCAGUGUAUUGUCAUCAGUGGAGAAAGUGGAGCUGGAAAAACAGAGAGUGCUCAUUUGUUAGUCCAACAGCUCACAGUCCUCGGCAAGGCCAACAAUCGGUCCCUCCAGGAGAAGAUUUUGUUGGUCAAUGGUUUAGUAGAAGCUUUUGGAAACGCCUGUACUGUGAUCAAUGAUAACUCCAGUCGCUUUGGAAAGUAUCUGGAGAUGAAGUUCACCUGCGGGGGAACGGUGGUGGGAGCUCAGAUCUCAGAAUACCUUCUGGAGAAAUCUAGAGUCACACAACAAGCUGGAGGGGAACGUAACUUCCACAUUUUCUACUAUAUCUACGCCGGUCUGGCAGAGAGGAAGAAACUAGGCCACUACAAGCUGUCAGAUAGCAAAACUCCAAAGUAUCUCCACAAUGAGAAUAUUAAAUUAGUGCCUGACAUAGUAGGGAGUGCCUUCUAUAAGGAGCAGUUUGAGACAGUGGAACAGUGUUUUAAAGUCAUCGGCUUCACCCUAGAGGAGCUCGGGAGUGUUUACAGUAUAUUAGCUGGAAUCCUAAACGCUGGUGAUGUCGAGUUCACAUCUGUUGCGUCUGAGCAUCAGACAGACAAAAGCAAUAUUUCCAACAUGGCAGUACUAGAGAGCGCUGCAGCGCUGCUGUGUAUCCGUGCAGAUGAGCUGCAGGAAGCUCUGACCUCUCACUGUGUGGUCAUGCGAGGGGAAACCAUCGUCCGGUCGAAUACAGUAGAGAAAGCCUCUGAGGUGCGGGACGCCAUGGGCAAAGCCCUCUACGGACGCCUGUUCAGCUGGAUUGUUAACCGCAUCAACUCUCUCCUGAAACUAGACGACCAAUCAGAGGAGGAAGAAAAGGGUCUAAACAUUGGCAUCCUGGACAUCUUUGGCUUUGAGAACUUUAAGAGGAACUCUUUUGAGCAGCUGUGCAUCAAUAUUGCCAACGAGCAGAUCCAAUUCUACUUCAACCAGCACAUAUUCGCCUGGGAGCAGGAUGAGUAUCUGAAUGAAGAUGUGGACGCUCGAAUGAUUGAGUAUGAAGACAACCGGCCACUGCUGGACCUGUUCCUUCAGAAGCCCAUGGGCAUGUUGUCUCUACUGGAUGAGGAGAGCCGCUUUCCACAGGCAACUGACCAGACGCUUGUCGAGAAAUUUGAGGACAACUUAAAAUCUAAAAACUUCUGGAGACCAAAGAGGGUUGAUCUGGGCUUUGGGAUCCAUCACUAUGCAGGCAAGGUGAUCUAUAAUGCUGGUGGGUUUCUGGCCAAGAACAGAGAUGCUCUGCCCGCUGAUAUUGUUCUGCUACUGAGGUCCUCAGAGAAUGAAUUGAUCCGUAAACUUGUUACCCACCCGCUCACUAAAACAGGAAACCUGGCUCACACCAAAGGCAAGGCUGCUCGUAUGGGCACAACCCCAUCACAGCGCAACAUUAAUUUUGCCAAGUUGGACGUCUUUAUGUUGUUCAGUACCGUAUCAUUCAGUGAGGCGGAGAACGCAGGAGACAGCACACAUCACCCUCGAGAGACCACCAACAUGAGGACUCAAACUGUAGCUUCUUAUUUCAGAUACUCACUGAUGGACCUGUUAUCAAAGAUGGUGGCGGGACAGCCACACUUUAUGCGUUGCAUAAAACCCAAUAAUGAUCGGCAAGCCAAUAAGUUUGACAGAGAGAAAGUUCUGAUCCAACUACGCUACACGGGUAUACUAGAGAUGGCCAAGAUCCGCAGACAGGGCUACUCACAUCGUAUUCUCUUUAGCAACUUCAUUGAGAGGUACUCUAUUUUAGCAUUCAGAGUCAAUGAGGAACCAGCAGUGAGUCCAGAGACCUGUGCUACCAUUUUGGAGAAGGCCAAACUAGAGAACUGGGUUCUGGGCAAAACAAAGGUCUUUCUGAAGUACUAUCAUGUGGAGCAGUUGAAUCUAAUGGUGCGGCAGAACACAGACCGAAUCAUUCUGGUGCAGGCAUAUGUACGAGGCUGGCUGGUAUUCAAACAAUACUCUAAGAUUUUGGAGAAGAGACAACAAAGUGCCGUGGUUUUGCAGUCAGCAUACAGAGGACACAAAGUUCGGAAAAGAGUGGCUGAUGACAAAAGCAAAGCCAAGACGGAGGCUACUAUUACCCAGUUGCAGGCUGUGUGCAGAGGAUACCUGACAAGACAGAAAUACAAGGAGAUGGUUGACGAGAAGAACAAAGCUGCUGCAAAGAUCCAGGCCCAUUACAGAGGACACAAAGAGAGGAAGAGCUUCAAAAGGAGAAAAGAAGCCAUGCAGAUGGAAAGGGCUGAGAAGAUGGAGGAAUUAACAGAGGUCUCAACAGAAGUAUCUGAUCCAGUUUCAGGAGAGUCGCCACAGACAGAAAUGGAAGUGAAUGAUGCAGAUGAAAAGGCUGCUGUGGUCCUCCAGAGCAACUACAGAGGCUACAGGGAGAGGAAGAAGUACAAGGAGCGUCGGGAAGGAAACAAGACCUUGACAGGGGAUGAGUUAGCCGAUACCUUGUCCACCCCUGCAGAACAAGUCAAUUCUGAAGAAGACUCGCCUGCAUUACAAGAAGAAGAGCAGGGCAAGGAGGCUGAGGAAGAGGCUUCUGAAGGAGAUGGGGGCAUUGAACAAGAAACUAAGGCGGCUACUGUUAUCCAAAGCAACUUUAGAGGUCAUAAAGAACGUAAGCGACUCCAGGAAGAGGGAAAGAUGCCGGUAAGAGGGAGGAAAGAGACAAAGAGUCCUCCAGAAGAUGAGGAACUUCCUAUUCCAGAUCCACCAACUCCGGAAGAAUUGAUGGAACUUCCAGAGGAUGUAGGGCAAGAAGACGAGCCUCCAGUAGAACCCUCAGGAGAAGAUGAAGAGGCCAAAGCUGCCGUGGUCCUACAGAGCAACUUCCGUGGCCACAAAGAGCGCAAGCGACUCCAGGAGGAAGGCAAGAUUCCUAAGAAAAUUAUGAAAGAGGAUUUGGGCACGCCAGAGAUUUCCGAAGAGGACAUUCUCAUUGAGGAGUUUCCACCUCCUUUACAGGAACCAUCAGAACUAGAGGAAGCCCAAGAACUAAAUUCAGAUGACGCAGUUAAUAUGUCAACUGUUGUGGAUGAGGAACAUGCUGCAACUGUUUUACAGAGUAACUUUAGAGGCCAUCGUGAGAGAAAAAGAUUGAGAGCGGAGAGAGAGGGAGUGCAAGGAACAGAAGACAAUGAGGCUGGAGAUGUUGAGGAGAAUGGGGAAGACCUGGAGAUCACAGACAUUGAGCUGGAACGGAAGGACUUGGAGGAAGAGGUGGAGACUCGGGCUGAGGAAGGGUUAUAUGAUGAGGAGCAGCAUCAGGAGGUGGAGAAGCUCUUCAUACAGGUAAACAAGGCCUCAGAAGAAUUCCUUGUCCUGCAGAAGAAGCUAAAUGAAAUUAUCCUCGCCCAUCAGCUCGACCCCAGCAAGAAUGGGAUGUUUGUAAAAGGAGAAGCCAUUAAUGGAUUAAUGGGCAGCUACCAGCCCUCAGCAGAGACAAAGCAGUCACGAACGCCUCGCCGAACACAACAACCAAAGACCCUCAACACCCCGGAGGACUCCACAUACUACACACUCAUUCAUAGGUCUGUCCAGGAUGAUAAAAGGAAACCAAGAAAACAAAGCCCCAAAAAGCUGGACAAUGAUGAUCCAUACUACCAGGGUUUGUCAAGUAGGUCCUCAAGCUCUCUCCCCAGUGGGCGACAGCGCUCCAGCAAACGAAGGGCUUCCAUGGAGAGGAGGCGGUCUUUGGAGAGACCACUGUCUGAUGUCCCUAAAUCUGAAAUCCCUGAAGACCCAAACGAGGAGAGGCACUCCUUCUCUAGAAUGCCCUCUACAGAGAGUCAAAGCGAGGACAACCCCUACGACUACAGAAAGAUACUGAGGAAGACCUCCCAGAGACGAAAACUUCUCACACAGCCCUAGACCUCUAGCGAGAGUCUCAGACAUUUCCAGAGCUUUAUGGGAAAUGGUAAAUGGUCUGCACAUAUAUAGCGCCUUUUUAACCUUAGCGGUAUUCAAAGCGCUUUGCACUGCGUCUCAUUCACACAUUCACACACCAAUGACAGCAGAGCUGCCAUGCAAGGUGCUGGCCUGCCAUUGGAAGCAACUUGGGGUUCAGUGUCUUGCUCAAGGACGCUUCGGCAUGUGGAGAUGAACCACAAACCCUGCGAUUAGUGGACAACUCGCUCUGCCACCUGAGCCACAGCCGCCCAUUUAUAACUUAAAUAUUACGUAUAUACAUUGUCAGUGACUGAUGUGGUCAUAAAGUCAUGCCAUUUGUCUUUAGGAAUAGUUUCCCAAAAUUUUCAAUAAAAAUUCUUUCAUUAUUUACUCACCCUAAUGUCACCCCGAACUUGUAUGACUUUCUUUCUUCUUAAGAACACAAAAAGGGAAAUUUGCCACAAUGUAAAUGAAUGCUGAUGAUGAAUUGUGGUCUGUCAAGCUUGAAAAACAGCGAAAAGGCUGAAAAAGGAUAUAUAAGCAAUGCUAAAAAAGCUAGCAGGCUACAAACACAUACUUGAGCUAGGCGCCAGCAGCAACAGGUAAAAUACACACAGAUGAAACAGUAGAAAAGGGGAAAACCCCGAAACGCACCGUAAAAUGACAAAGGAUAAAAAGAUGAACAUAUGAGAAUAAUAAUAAGCAAUGCUAACCACCUACAAACACAAACACUCAUGCAUCAUGCCAUCAGCAACAGGAAGUCCAGUGAUGUCAGAAUCUCUGUGAGUUUAAUGCUAAAAUCAGAUAUGCUAAAUGCUAAAAUCAGAUAUGGCGGCUACAUCGACACAACAAACCUUAUUGUUUUGCAUCGCGACUUGUGACCAAAUGUGUGACAUGACUCCAGGAUGUUUUGUCACAAGAUGAAAUGAGAAACAAUGAGGUUAUAUCUAACUAGCCUAACAGUAGCACAGAGUUCAAAAAUGGCUAAUAACAAAUGCAUUAUAAAUCAUUUAUAUCUUUUAUAACAAAAUUUAUAAAAGGGUGAAUUCCAUGAAAUACCUGCCAAAUAGUGAGUCAUUUUACCUCACGUUAUAAAUAUUUAAUAACACUUAACAUUAGUAUCCUAUGAAAAUGUACCUUCAUGUAAAAUGGACACAUUUUAAGCAUUUAUAAAGGAGUUGACAACAUUAUAAAUCUUUGCACAUAAAGUUCAGGAUGUUUUAAUGGUCAUCAGGCUUUAUUAUAUGAUAUAUGCUGUGAAUGAGCAUGAAGAAGUGAAAAGUGUUUUUGCAGAGGACUUUAGGUAAUUCGGACGUGGCAAGUCAGGACUCUACUCGAAGUGGAGACAAUGAAAGUGACAACAGAAUUGAGUCAUUGCAAUAAUAAAUGACUAUAAUGAACACAAAGCAGACUACAGCAUAAUCCCUACUUCUAUUAACACUAUAAUAUUGUAUUAUUGCUACAUUGUGACAUAAAUGAUGAGUUAUGGCAUUUUAUGUUUUAAUACAUUUAUUAAGCAUUUAUAGCAUGUAAAUAAGAAUUCUCACUAUUUGGCCAUUUUUUUUAUGAAAGCUGUUAAAACUGCUUAUAAAUGAUUUAUAAUGCAUUUGUAAAUUACUUAUUAUCCAUUAAUUAACCCCUUUAUAAACCCUAAACAAAGUGAACAUCAAUGUAAAGUGUUACCAAUAAACACAUUUUAAAGACCUUUUGCAUUCCACAGAAGAAAGACAUUAUGGUGAGUAAAUGAUGACAGAUUUUUGAUUUUUGGUUGAACUAUUCCAUUAAGUAAUAUGUUAGGUUGUCACUAUUUUACCACCACGAUUACCAGUUUGUUUGUCCAAAGAACAUUGGUAUCAUUUAAGAAUAUGUUUGUAUCAGUUUGAAUAUAACAAAGGAAUAUGUUUAAAUAUUGUAAUUGCUUUGAACAAAAAUCCAACACUAACUGACAAGCAUCUUUAGAACAACAUGUGGAUAAAUAAAUGAUGACAGAAUUAUUACUUUAAAAAAAAGAGUCGAAAUUUGAAAUGUCUUCAUGAAUGAGCUUAAGAGUUGACUAUCACAAGAUAUUUGUGCUGCCCUUGCUUGAUUUUAAAUGCAGGUUGUGCAUGUUUUCUGUAUUUUGAUGCUUUCUGAAAGUUGCUGUGUGAUUAAAAGUUUAUCUUCAAAGACUUUCAUUGAUGUAUCAUAGAACUAGCCUUUAUAUUUGCACCAAUGAGUUAUUUAUAUUAUAUAUGAACUAUGGGGGUUUUCAUUUUUUUAUAUGAAUUGUUUUAAAUGAAUGAUCAUGGAUGCUAAGUGAAAUAGUGAGUCAGAUAGAAUGAUGUGUCAUUUCUGCAUAAACAUAAGCAGGGCAUAGGUAUAUACAGUAUGCAUUAUAAUAAUUAGCAGAUGUACAUACACACUGUCAGCUGACACCAUAUGAUAAAACAGCACUUUAUAUUGUUUAAACUGACAUGCAGCAAUGCACCUUUCAGUUAAGUUUGUGUUUCUUACCAUUGUAAAUGACACAUGUAUCAAAUAUAUAACUCAUAAUUCAUUACCUGGAUGGUUACAAUUAGGAUAUAUGCAUCCUUAAAAUGUUUUACUUGGUUGUAAAUAUCAUUACCAAUGUGUAAUUUGACAAAUGAUAUGAUAAAUUGCACAUUAUACUGUAAAUAGUGCUUGAUGUUACAGUUUGAGUGCACUAAAGUUAUGUCAUAAAACAUAAUUAUUACUUAAUCUUUAUGUUUUAUUUUUCUUGUAGAGAUAUUCAGUUCAUCAUAUAUCAUGUGUAUCAUGUUUAUUAGGUUUAUCUUAGGUAAUGUGAAAUGUGUAACAAUUUGGUAAUUUAGUUCUGGAUUUCAUACUUCAGUGGCAAUGUAAAAUGGCACUAUGGAAAAUGGAAUAUGUAUAUUCAUUAUAUAUGUUAGAAUAUGGAUCUCAUGGUGUGGUACCAACAAUACUGCCACUAUUGUACCAUCCAGUUUUACAUCAGCAACUUUAUUUCAUGAUAUUCAUAAAAUAAA